GGUUUUCUCGCGGCGUCCGCGGAACCGAUUGGCUAGCGGAAGGCUGAGGGCUCCGGCUGGGCCGCGGCCCCCGCCUCCUCUCCGCUGCAUCCGCGGCGGCCUGAGAACCUGAGACAACUGACACCGGCAGCCGCGUGACAAGGAGCAGCUUUCCCCAGGAAGAAACCGUGCUGCUCUGUGGGGCUGUCAGCUGAAUUCUGACAGCUCCAGACCCUGCUUGCCCUCUCUGCUGUGAUUUUGCCAUCCCAGACCAAACACCAUCCACUCCCCUCCUCGAUUGGAGGCUGUGUGUGAAUCACAGCUGCACUGCUCAAGGGCUACGACUUAUUUUUCUCCCCCCUCCUCCUUCUUGUAUAGCUGCACAUCAGAGCAAAUGCACCAAGAUGUCUAAAAAGCAAAACCCAAAAGAUCCAUCCGGGUUCAUUUUUGAUGUUCAGUCCAACACUGUGAUGGCCCAAGGAGGAACCUUUGAAAACAUGAAGGAGAAGAUCAAUGCAGUGCGUGCCAUAGUCCCAAACAGGAGCAACAAUGAGAUUGUCCUCGUGCUCCAGCAUUUUGACAACUGCGUGGACAAAACAGUGCAAGCAUUUAUGGAAGGUAAUGCCAGUGAAGUAUUGAAGGAAUGGACUGUCACAGGCAAAAAAAAGAACAAGAAGAAGAAAACCAAACCGAAACCGCAAGCCGAGGCGAACCCUGGCCCCACAGACCCCAGGAAAUUGGUGUCCACUGAAGAGGAGCAGUCAGCAAACUCAGAGAAGGGGGGAAUUAACGGUUUCCAUGUCAACGGCUGUGCCCAUGACACAGAGUCGGUGGACUCGCUCAGCGAAGGGCUGGAUGCGCUUUCAAUUGAUGCCAGAGAGCUGGAGGAUUGCGAGGCCUCGGUGCCAGACAUGCCUGAGAGAACAGCAGUGCCUCAACUAGAGAAUGGAAUAGCAGACCUCGACACCAAAUCUCUCACCGUGCACCCUGCCCAGAGCCCUUCGUCUCUCAGACAGCGUCCUGAUCAGCACAGCGCGAGCAGGUCCGGCUCCAGACCCACAGCCCCCACCUCCCCGCCUGCUGUGCGCCUGGACAACGUCCCCUUCUCACCUGCAAACAAGAAGCUGGGUUCUAAUAUUGAAAAAUCAGUGAAGGAUCUCCAGCGCUGCACCGUCUCACUGGCUCGGUACCGGGUCGUGGUGAAAGAGGAAAUGGAUGCUUCCAUUAAGAAGAUGAAGCAGGUAUUUGCUGAGCUGCAGAGUAGCCUCAUGGAUCGCGAGGUGGCGUUGCUGGCUGAGAUGGACAAAGUGAAGGCAGAAGCAAUGGAGAUCCUGAUGAGCCGGCAGAAGAAGGCAGAGGCCCUGAAGAAGAUGACUGACGUGGCUGUGCGGAUGUCAGAGGAGCAACUGGUCGAGCUCCGAGCUGACAUAAAGCACUUUGUAAGUGAGCGCAAGUACGAUGAGGAGCUGGGCAGAGUGGCACGGUUUACGUGUGACAUCGAUGCAUUGAAGAAGAGCAUUGCUGCCUUUGGGCAAGUUUCCCACCCAAAGAACAGCUACUCCACUCGCUCCCGCUGCAGCUCCGUCACAGCCGUGUCCCCAAGCAGUCCCAGCAACAUCUCUGCUCCCUCCAGCCCUGCCUGUGCCUCUGCCAUCAGCCUUACUACAGCGAGCAAGAAGCCCCCAUCCUCUGUGGAGGCGGCCGGGGAGGGUGCAGGCAGCCAUCCCCCCCAGCCCCACCGAGAGGCUGCCCCAGGGAACAGGCGAUCAGGACCACAGGGACCACCGGCCUCCCGCCCCCAACCCCACACCGCUCCUCCCCCAGCCAGGCGGUCCGGCGGCCCCCGGCACCGCAGCGGAGCAGGUCCGGCACUUGGCCGGCACCAGAGCAGCCCGGGCAGCCCCCACCAGAUGCAACCCCCGGAGCCCGGAGCUGCGGCCGGAGCUGCUGCCACGCACAGCAAAGGGCUCCCGCAGCGCAAGCCCCGCGCCAGCCGCCAGGAGGGAGCCAGCUCCUGAGGUUUCCCCACUUCUACCCUAAGGGGACGAGACUGUAGGAAGCUCCUAGCUAGAGAUAUUAACAAAGGAAAGUUUACACUUCUCAGUUCUUGUGCCAUUAUUAUUAUUUUUUUUUUCUUUCCUUCUCUUUCUCUGAUGUCUGCUUUGUGUUCUUCUCUCACAUCUACUGCACCUCCACCCGGGCUCAGGGCCCCUUUGCUGCUGUCACUGUUGCCUUUUUCUUUCCCCUCUAGAAAAUUUCCAUGGCUCUGAUGUCACUGUAGGCAGAGGGGGCCCGGACGCAGCCCCCAGCCUCUUUGUCCCCACUCUGCCCUGACCCUGGGGUCUCACAUUGAAGGAGCAACCCCAGGACAGCCCAGCCCUCGUGCUGGCAACGAGGACAAGUGCUGCAAAAUGGGAGUAGGGGGCAGUUUGAAGGAGCCAGGAGGGGUUUGUGAGGGCUAAACCCCCAGCGUUGUGCCAGCGGGGCCCUGUGCACCCUGCACAGCGUGCUCUACUCUGGUUUAUGUUGAGGGGAAAACUCUUUGUUUAAUUCACCUCCCUCUCUUGUCCAGACCCACUCUAAAUUAAAGAGCAAUAUCAAUUAGCAGAGCUAAUCCUAGCUGCUACCAAGCGGCAAUGGCCGUUACUUAGCAUUGUCCAAAUAAAAGGCGAUGUUCGUGUUCGUUA